UCUCUAUUGUAUAAAUAGGGACGAAGUGAAUAUACAUAUAUUUACAAGCACAUUGGGGAUUUGCAAAUUGCGAAGCACGAACUGUAAACUUCUCAGCUGCGCGGGAAUUUCUCAUCGGAGGAAAACAUUCCAUGGAGGUUUCCAACACUCAAAGCCUUUACCAAAAUUUAAUCUCCUCUGCCAUCCAAAGAUGCCGGAUAGCUGAGGAUCUUUGCAGAUUAACGGUUGUUCUUAAACGCAUUCCCGACUCCGAUCCUCCGCUCGUCAGAAUCUCAUUUUCAGAUACCGGCAUUGGGAGCUGCUUGGAAGAGUUUCAAAACUUGAAGUGUCCGAGGAAUAGCGUUUCUGACGACAAUUUCGAUGGAGUGCUUUCCGUCACAACUACAAGCACAUGUGACUGCAAGAUUUUUCACUACCAUAUAAAUUUGAAGGAAACUGUAGCUGCGAGAAAGCUGACAAGGUUGCCUUCAACCCCUAAGAAUGGGGCAAAAUUCAGUGGAACUGAAGUAUCUCUGUCCACUUGCGAGAGCAUUGAGGAGUUAAUAGAAGGGAUCACUCACUUCUUCCAAAAGAUGCUUAUCCUAAAAAUUCCGAAGGUAGCAGUUGAACUGGUAGUUGAACGAGCCAAUGGCCAUGGAUCGGGAUAUGAAAAUCUUCUUUUGGCGGAUGAGGGCAUUCUUCUUUCUCUUCCCAUAUCAAAUGUUGAACGCCUGACCUCAGGCCUUGAAGAUUAUGUUCUUAAGCAUGGAAAUAUGUUUGAUCAACAAUGUUCUUCUUGCUUCUUAAGUAGGGAACAUUUGAAGGUUGGAAAUGGAGUAGGAUGCCGUACAGAAAGCGCCAGAAGCACCGGACAGGUGGUGGAAGCUGUAAUUAUAAUAAGUGAAUUACCAGAGCCAUCAAGUGAUUCAAGUCCGUCCUGCUUCAGGGCAUGCAGUGCAAGAACAGAGGUGUUAUAUUUCCAAGAGUUCUCACCAUGUUCUAUUCCUCAAUCAUCUCUAGAUGGAUUGACAAGUAUUGACUGGAAAAGUUAUGGUUUGGACUUGGGAACAAAUGUUUUGGAUAGCAAUGGCUGCGCAAUUCUAGAAUGGGAGAAUUUGCCACCAUAUACCCAUAUUGAUAUCGUCAUCCACUGUUACCAUAAGAAGGUCACAAUAAUACAAGCACAACAAAAGACUAAAGGUUAUAAACACCUUGUAAAGAAAGCAAUUAAAGUCGCCUUGGAUGGUUUGAAGCAGAGGUAUAAAGGGACUCUCCUCAGUGCACAUGCUGUUAAGAUUUGCAGUUAUGCCCCUGAUCUAGCAAGAACAAUCACUGGCCUGAUUCUGUCAUCCAAUGAUAGAGAGUUCCAAAAAGAAUGCUGUUCUCUCCUUGGACUUCAGCCUAAUGUGAUUGAGGAAGAAAAGAAAGUUGAAGAUUGCAUCAAGGAAAAGAUUAUUGCCAUUAUAGAGAUAAAUGAUAAAAAGCAACAGAGACGCACAGAAUUUGCACCCCUCCUCUUUGAUGGUGAGAACAUUCAUGGACCAGAGUUCCUUGAUGAAUAUCACGAAGGUGAGGAUGGCUAUAGUAUCUUGGAUCUAUAAACUAAAAUUUCUAACAUCAAAAUGUUCUUGCAAAAUGAGUCUUUUAUAAUAACCAAGAAAUUAUUUCUA